AUGUCAAAAGCAGAUAAUAGGAAGAAACCUGUUGAGAAUGCAGGAACUUUGAAGUUUAUGAAUGACCUUGAAACUAUAAGUAAAGCCCUAUAUUCGGAUAAAACAAAGCCAAGGGGCUCAAUUUCUACUGUUAGUAGUAGAUCGAAGUCUGUGGGAAAAUCACAUUUGCUCGAACCCAAAACGAAGCUGAAGGAUGCUAGCAAAAGCACUAAAGAUUCACUUGACAAGGAUAAGAAGUCCAUUUGGAGUUGGAAGGGUAUAAAGGCCCUGACCCAUGUCAGAAACCGCAGGUUCAAUUGUCGUUUCUCCGUCCAAAUCCAUUCCAUAGAAGGGUUACCCGCAUUUUUUGAUGAUGCUAGUCUUAUCGUGCAUUGGAAGAGGCGGGAUGGUGAGUUAGUGACGUGCCCAGUUAGGGUUUGUAGAGGAGUAGCUGAGUUUGAGGAACAAUUGUCUCAUUCAUGCUCUGUCUAUGGUAGUAGGAGUGGUCCCCAUCAUUCUGCAAAAUAUGAGGCAAAGCAUUUCUUAUUGUAUGCCUCAGUAUAUAAUGCUCCCGAGCUUGAUUUAGGUAAGCAUCGGGUUGAUUUGACAAGGUUGCUUCCUCUAACAUUAGAGGAAUUGGAGGAGGAGAAGAGCUCAGGUAAAUGGACAACUAGUUUCCGGUUGUCAGGUAAAGCUAGAGGUGGGACUAUCAAUGUUAGUUUUGGUUAUGCAGUAACUGGGAACAAUAGCACCGAGUUUUCUAGCAACAACUAUGUUUCCGCCCCCCGGGGCUUGCUGCAGAAUAGUUCAAGUGCAACGAAACUCCUUGGACAAUUCAAUCAAAUGAAUGAGCUAAGUAUUCAGCAAACAGGAAGCCUUCCUGCAAGAUCUUCUACCUCAAAUCUGUCUGCUGAAGAUAUGAAGGAUCUUCACGAGGUAUCGCCCAUAACAAGGUCGGAACUGUCUGACUCGGUGAAUACGCUAUAUCAAAAACUUGACGAAGAGAUGUCAAAUGCUUCAGUUAAUUAUAAACCAGAGACUCAUCCUUUUCUGGAACCUGUCGAGCCUCUUAAAUUAGAUUCAUCUAUGCCACUUGAGCAAGAGAUAGAAGAGUUCACAAAGGAACAAGUGGAAUCAAAAGAUGAUAAGUCAAAGGCUGUUCGAGAUUCUGUAGGAAAGAGUCUUGAAACCAACAGUGAUGCUGAGCUACUGGUUGAUCCAUCGGUUGAGGAAGUUGGUUGUCAAAAAGAUGAACCAUCAGUAAGUGAUUGCAAUUUUAUACAGAAUGAUGAGUGCACUAAAGAAUCACUAAUGAAAGAACUGAAGUUGGCAUUGAGUGUCACUUCAGAUUUGAUGAAAGGAUUAGAUUCACAAGAAGAUGAAUGUGAUAUUUCAGACAAAGAAUCUUAUUCAGAGACUAAGUUAAAAUACAGGAAUCCUAGGAAGGGGAGAUCACAGAGCUUGGAUGAUAUUACUGAAUCUGUUGCUAAUGAAUUCUUUGACAUGCUGGGGAUAGAUCACAGUCCAUUUGGCUUGAGUUCAGAAAGUGAGACCGAGUCCCCUAGAGAACGCCUAUUGAGGCAAUUUGAGAAGGAUUGUCUUGCCAGCAGGAGUUCCUUAUUGGACUUUGAUGUUGAAAAUGAUAACGUAGAAUUUAUUACUCAUGCUCCUACAGCUUCUGGGUGGGGAACCAUCUCCGAUGACUUUCAUAACUCGGCAAAGGUACAAGACUAUGAGGAGAGGCUUAAGAUAGAAACUGAGGUAAUGAGGACUAAAACAAGGGCCUCAACGUUGGAGGACUUGGAGACUGAAGCUUUAAUGCUUGAGUGGGGCUUAAACGAGAUGACUUUUCAACAUUCUCCACCUAGCAGCUCGGGUGGAUUGGGGAGUCCAAUUGAUGUACUUCCCCAGAAUCCUCCGCAGCUGCCUCCCCUUGCAGAAGGUUUGGGUCCUUUUGUUCAGACUAAAAAUGGAGGGUUUUUGCGCUCAAUGAAUCCUGUGCUUUUCGGGACCGCAAAAAACAGAGGGAGCUUAAUUAUGCAGGCAUCAAGCCCAGUGGUGGUGCCUGCUGAAAUGGGUUCUAGCAUAAUGGACAUACUACAGGGUCUAGCCUCUGUUGGUGUUGAAAAGCUUUCAAUGCAGGCAAAUAGGUUGAUGCCCCUGGAAGAUAUAACUGGGAUAACAAUGCAACAAAUAGCAUGGGAAGCUGUACCCAGUCUUGAGGGACCCGAGAGGCCAUCUUUCUCGCAGCAUGAAAAUGAAAUUAUGCAAAAUGUGUCUGUUGAGCAAAAGAUAGUAAAAGGAACAACCUUUGGUGCCAGAUCACAUAAGUUCGAAUCAAAUUCACUUGGCAGUGAUACUGAAUAUGUAUCCUUAGAAGAUCUUGCUCCUUCAGCUAUGGAUAAGAUAGAAGCUCUUUCAAUUGAGGGUUUGAGAAUACAAUCUGGCAUGUCGGACGAGGAUGCACCUUCAAACAUCAGCCCACAAAACAUUGGUGAAUUUUCAGCCCUCAAGGGAAAGACAGUCAAUGCCAGUGGCUCCAUAGGCCUCGAUGGCACUGGUGGACUGCAACUUCUGGACGUUAAAGACAAUGGUGAAGAUAUUGAUGGAUUGAUGGGUCUGUCUCUAACACUUGAUGAAUGGAUGAAGCUGGAUUCUGGUGAAAUUGACGAUGGAGAUCUCGUCAGUGAGCGAACUUCUAAAAUACUAGCGGCCCAUCAUGCUACUUCUUUAGAGUUGUUUCGUGGAAGAUCUAAGGGGGAGAAGAGACGGGGAAAGGGUAGAAAGUUUGGUUUGUUGGGUAACAACUUCACUGUCGCACUAAUGGUACAAUUGCGUGAUCCCUUAAGGAACUAUGAGCCAGUUGGUACCCCAAUGCUCGCUCUUAUUCAAGUCGAGAGAGUGUUUGUUGCACCGAAACCUAAAAUCUACAGCACAAUUCCAAAAUUAAGAAAAUGUGACGAAGAAGAUCAAGAAGAAGAGCUGGAGACUUCUAAAAAGGAAGGCAUGGUUGAUGAGCCUAAAGAAGACAAAAUCUUCGAAGAACUCAUUCCUCAGUACAAGGUCACUGAGGUGCAUGUUGCAGGUCUUAAGGCCGAGCCAGGAAAAAAGAAGUUAUGGGGUUCGACUAAUCAACAACAGUCCGGCUCCCGUUGGUUGCUCGCCAAUGGAAUGGGAAAGAAGAAUAAGCAUCCAUUGAUGAAGUCCAAGGCUGUUGUUAAAUCUUCUGCACCAGCUUCUUCUUCUUCUUCCCCAGUGACAACUACAGUGAAUCCUGGCGAUACCUUGUGGAGCAUCUCGUCUCGUGUUAAUGGAAACGGGGCUAAAUGGAAAGAACUUGCUGCCCUUAAUCCUCAUAUUCGAAAUCCAAACGUUAUCUUCCCAAAUGAAACCAUCAGAUUGCGCUAA